AUGAACGCCGUGGAUGCUUCAGAGCAUUACGAAAGUGUUGCUACUGAACCAGCGCCUUCGCUCCUUGCAAUCGUUCUCGAUAUCAAUCCCCAUGCGUGGGCACUGCUCGAAGACCAGCUGCCUUUCUCCAAGGCACUGGCCAAUAUAUUAGUGUUUAUAAAUGCACACCUUGCAUGCAAUUACACAAAUGAAGUUGCCGUGAUUGCAUCCCACAGCCAGCGCGCUGCGUGGCUGUAUCCUGCACAUAACCAACAGCAAAAACCCUCGACGAAUCGAUUAGAUGCAGAUGGAGACAUUGACAUGAAUGGAGAGGAGGCGCAUAACAGCCGUGCCUCGCGCUCUUCUACCCAAAGCAACAUGUACCGUCCUUUUCGAUUGGUCGAGGAACAAGUGAUGGAAAAUGUCAGAGAAUUAUUGGCUUCAACAAAUGCGUCUGACGUGACCGCUACUUCGACCAUGAUGGCCGGUGCUCUGACAUUAGCACUCAGUCAUAUCAACCGACGCACGAUGACCUGGACAGAAACACACGGUAACAGCAACAUUGAGACCGCUGGUGCAUCUGCCAGCUCAUCAGCGACUGCAGCUGUGUCGGGCGGUAAUCUCAGUUUGGGGCUUCAAAGUCGGAUUUUGAUUGUUUCCGUCAGUAGUUCUACGGAUUCUGCACAUCAAUACAUCCCGAUUAUGAACAGUAUUUUUGCAUGUCAACGAUUACACAUCCCCAUUGAUGUCUGCAAGUUGAGUGGCGAUGCCGUGUUUCUACAACAAGCGUCCGAUGCUACACGAGGAGUCUACAUGUCUCUGUCGGAACCUCGAGGACUACUGCAGUAUCUUAUGAUGGCGUUCCUUCCUGAUCAGCGGUCUCGUAAACACCUAAUCGUACCAUCGCGAGUCGACGUCGAUUUUCGGGCUGCUUGUUUCUGUCAUCGGCGCGUGGUCAAUAUCGGCUUUCCAGCAUACUCUUUCACCAAGACAACCUUGUCACCCAUCCCCUCACGAAAUAACAAAAAAUGGCUCACCAAUCCUGCCCCAAGUGCGGUGCCGCCGUCCAAGGCGAGAACAAGGCCUGCGGUUCUUGCGGCGCUACCUGCCCUGUCUAAAUCUCUUCAUGAUACCUACGAGCGACUAUGA